AUGCAAAAGUGUAUAGUGGACUACUUGGGACCCAAAAUCCGAAUACUAGUCACACAUCAAAUCCAAUUCAUACGAAAGGCUACGAAAAUCCUUGUGUUAGACGACGGAAAGUGUUUAGGUUUGGGAACGUUUGACGAACUGUUGCCCAAAGGGUUAGACUUUAUGGCAAACUUUGACGGCGACGACGACGACGAGAACGCGGACGCAGUGGUGGCCGAAAGCGAGGGCUCGAGUGUACACACGAUGUGUAGCGAAACGGAUACUAAAUCACAACAAUCGGCGGUCACUGUUAGGGCCGACUCUGUCCGCAGUAGGCGUACUGUACGGCGCCUUAUAAGCAAUACAAUUACGAGACAAAUCUCUGUUAUUGGGGCUCAGGAGGAGGAGGAGGCGCCCCAUAUACAGGACGAGCAACAGAAAGUGGGCUCAAUCGAGGGUCGGGUGUACUGGGAGUACAUCAGAGCCGGCGCUGGUAUAAUACUGGGCACACUUACCAUACUAUCCACAUGCAUAUCGCAGGUCUUAUUUCACGCAUCGGAUUUAUGGCUAAUGCAAUGGACCAACCAUGAGAAAACGCAAACUAAAGAGAAAAAUAAUUUCGCCCUGAUCAUUUACGCGAUACUAAUUGUGGCCCUAUUGCUGUCAACAAUGGUCCGGUCGACGACUUGGUUUGCCAUUUGUAUGAUUGCCUCCAAACGUCUGCACAACACUAUAUUCAUACGGCUAUUGAGGGCACCGAUGGCUGUGUUUGAUAACAAUCCUAUC